AUGAAUAUCUCGCAAUCACAGAGCCACAAGACUUUCCGAACGAAGCAGAAGCUCGCCAAGGCGCUGAGGCAGAACAGACCUAUUCCCCAAUGGAUUCGCCUCCGCAACGGUAACACCAUCCGAUACAACGCCAAGAGAAGGCACUGGCGCAAGACCCGUCUCGGCAUCUAG